AUGGAGAGUCCUCUACCAUACAGAGUACUUAGAAAAGGUGCUUGGACCCCUGCUGAAGACGACCUUCUCAGAAGCUGCAUUCGAAUACAUGGAGAAGGCGAAUGGCAUAAAGUCCCUUCAAGAGCUGGUUUAAACAGAUGUAGGAAAAGUUGUAGAUUAAGGUGGUUAAACUAUCUUAAACCAGGUAUUAAAAGAGGAGAAUUCACAUCAGAUGAGAUUGACCUAAUGAUCAGGCUUCACAGCCUACUGGGAAACAGGUAA